GAUAGCGACAGAUGUCUUGCAAACAGUAAGUUUAAGAGGAGGGGUACUUUUAAAAAAAAAAGAAAAAACGCUCAGUCGGUCUUAGAUUGUACCUCGGGGAGUGAGCAGGACUUGGUGCAGCUGUCAGUCGCGAGCUCCCUCUUCGCUCAGUUCGUGCACAGCCUUGCAGGGGAGAAGAGCAGACCACCGACUCUCCCUACCGCUUGGGUUUGAAGGUCUCAUCUCAGCAGCAAACCAGGAAACACCAUGGGAGGCAAGCUGAGCAAGAAAAAGAAGGGGUAUGAUGUCAGCGACCCCAAGGCGGGCCAGGCGGAGAAGCAGGGCGAAGCAGCCCCCGCGGCCACUGCCGAAGCUGCUGCCGAACCCGCUGCGGAGGCCGCCCCAGCCUCGCAGGAGGUAGCCUCAGAGGCACCGCCCGCCGUGGAGGAACAAGCCGCGACGGCAGAAGAGCCAGCUCCCGAGGCUCCGCCUGAUGAGGCUAAAGCAGAGGAACCGGUGGCAGAAGCCCCAGUAACGGAAGUGAUUCAGGAGGUCGUCCAGGAGGCGGUGAGCGCCGAGGCCCCAGCGGCCGCCGCCGUGGAAGAAGCUGUGAGUGCCACACCUGAGCCAGCCCCCGAGGCUCCAGCAGAGCCAGAGGAAACACCGCCAGCACCGGAGCCUGAACCAGAGACUGUCGCUGAGCCAGAGGAAGUGACCCCAGAGGCUGUGCCGGAGGAAGAAGUGGCAGUCGCACCGCCAGAGCCCGCCCCGGAAGAAGUUCCUCCACCUGUCGUGGAGGAGCCUGUGCCCGUGGCCGAGGAGAGCGUUCCCGAAGCCGCCCCAGAAACUGUCCCCGUCACAGCUGAGCUCGCGGAAGCCGAAAUUGAGGCCGAGGCGGAAGCGCCACAUGGCACAGAUAACGAUACCCUGGAGGGUCUGUCCCAGGGCGAGACCGCCGAACCGGCCCCCAGUUUGCUAGAGGAGGUGGCCACGCUCGUCCAGGCCGCAGUGCCAGGCAUCCUUCUGAGCUCGGAAGCCCCAAGUGAGGCCCCAAAAGAGGCCGAAGAAGACGCGGCUGCCGAUUCAGCGGAGCCCAUCCCAGAUAUAGUUAUUUCCGAGUCGGUUUCCGCUAACGAGAUCCUCGCAGAUCAAACGGCUGAGAGCGCCGGUGAUGUGGAGGAGGUCUCCGAAGCAUGCGAACAGGAGCCCGCCGCCCCCUCCCCCACCCCGGAGGAGGCGGAUGCUGAGACUGAAGCGCCGGCCAAUCAGGAGGUGGCAGCGGAUGAUGGCGGAGCUGAGAGCGAGGAGGAGAAGGUGGAGAAUGGGGAGUGCGAAAUUGCUGACUCCACGGAAGAGGCGGCCGAGGAGAACGGAGAGGUUCAGGAGCUCGUCCCCGAGCCAGUUCUGGAGAAACCCACAGAACCACAGCAAGAGGAAUGUUUCAACGGCAUCCCGGAGGAGCCCCCCAAAGAGCAACACGACUGUGAAUUAAAAAAGGACUUGAACCCGACAGGCAACAUGGAAGUCCCUGAAGCCAUUGGUGAGAUGACAGAGGCCAUAAGUGCUACUGCAAAUCAGGUUGUUGACUUAGUGUGAAAUACUAACCUCUAUAAAUAUUCAUUCGAUAAUGAUUCAUAUAUUUUAAAAGAACACAGGCUCUUCUGAAAAAUAAAUAUCGACAUGCCUGUUGUGGUAACUCAGGCAAAUGAAUCUCUGGUUAACCAAAAAAUACAACCACUCGAGUGAAGAGAAAGAGAGUAACUGGGAAAUCAGUCUCUAUACUGUGAAUGGUUUAUCUGAGAGUCAGCGGUGUUUGCAGUAACUAAAGUUAAAGGCCAGGUAAUGUUGAAAUGACUACAGAAAAAAACAAACUGGACAGCAGAACAAAAACUGGACAAUAACAUUGGAAAUGACAUAUGGAAUGAAUAGUCUUGUCUUUGUGUGUCAGCCUGAUGAGUAUUAAAGUGGUUUAUUGGAUUAGCAUUUAAUAGUAUAUAAUCUAAUUUAGAAUUUCGCAUAUACUUCCCUUAACUCUGUAAAAAGAAAAAAGGAAAAAAAAAGAGGAAACUUUUUAACAGUUGUCAGAAUGGGAGAAAAACGGUGAGGAAUGUUCAUUUUAACUUGAUGGCUUGGCUAAGAA